AUGGAAAGAGGCGCGAGCCUUCAUAUUUGCAGGCAAGGUUCAGCUGAGGGCCUUGGAGGAGGUAGGACAGCAGAGGAGGAUAGAGACAGAGUUGGCAAGGUUAUGGAAAGUAUUUUGACAUUUGUCAUACUUUGGGAUGCCUUUAUCGUGGAAGGAGCUCCACAAGGAUCUCAAAUCACAAACAUUCCUAACUUCGAAGGCACUUUACCCUCCAAACAUUACUCAGGGUAUCUGACCAUUGACGGGAACGCGGUGAAAAAACUUUUCUACUACUUUGUUGAGUCAGAAGGGAAUCCAAAGAUUGAUCCCCUUGUUCUUUGGCUUAAUGGUGGACCUGGUUGCUCCAGUUUUGACGGAUUUAUUUAUGAGCAUGGACCAUUCAACUUCCAAGCAGGAGAGACUAAAGACCAGCUCCCUACACUGCAUCUUAAUCCAUACAGUUGGUCUAAGGUUUCCAACAUUAUUUAUUUGGAUUCUCCUGCUGGAGUCGGCUUCUCCUACUCGACAGAUAGAAAUGCUUACACUACUGGUGAUGUACAAACUGCCUUGGAUACACACAAUUUUCUCCUUGAGUGGUUCAAAGAAUACCAGGAGUUCCAAGCCAAUCCAUUUUACAUAGCAGGAGAGUCUUACGCAGGAGUUUAUGUGCCCACCCUCGCUAUUGAAAUAGUGAAAGGAAUUCAAGCUGGUGCAAAGCCCAAUAUCAAUUUCAAGGGUUACAUGGUGGGAAAUGCAUACACGGAUGACUAUUUUGAUGGGAAUUCUUAUAUCCGCUUCGCACACGGGAUGGCUCUAAUUUCAGAUGCUAUUUUUGAGGAUGUUCUUGCUGCUUGUGGAGCAGCCUACUACAAUAUUACGAGUAGAAGUUGCAAAAGACAACUUGACAAAGUUGAUGCUAUUAUUGAUGGAUUAAACCCCUACAACAUCCUUGAACCUUGCUACCAUAAUCCAGAUGCAAAUGGAAAUUCGAGCCUACCAUCUAGCUUCAAGGAACUAGGGAGGACAGAUAAGCCUCUUGGUGUGAGGAAAAUAAUGUCUGGUCAUGCAUGGCCUUUCCGAGCGCUAGUGCCGCAAGGCAUUGUAACACUAUGGCCUCAACUAGUUAGCAAUGACAGCGCUACAGUCCCAUGCGUAAACGACGAGAUCGCAACCAAGUGGUUGAAUGAUGCAGAAGUUAAGAAAGCAAUUCAUGCAGAGAACAGUAUCGAUUGGGUGUUAUGCACGAAUAGCAUAAAUUACUCCCAUGAUACUGGAAGCAUGAUCGAUUACCAUAAAAACCUCACCACGCAAGGAUACAAAGCUCUUGUAUACAGCGGUGAUCAUGAUAUGGUUGUACCAUUCACGGGAAGCCAGGCAUGGACUGAAUCACUUGGGUUCAAAGUUAAGGAUGAAUGGAGGCCGUGGUGGUCAAGAGGACAAGUCGCUGGUUAUAUGCAAGGAUACGACCACAAUUUCACCUUUCUCACUAUCAAGGGGGCUGGGCAUAACGUUCCAGAGAGCAAACCGGUGGAGUCGUUGGAUUUUUAUAGUCGUUGGCUAGAGGGAAAGCCAAUUUGA